UAUUUAUUAUCUCUCUGGUGGUGAGAAUCGAAUUGAGAGAAAAAGAGAGAGAGAGAGAGAGAGAACGAGUGUCAGAUGUAAAGAAGAUUAUCCGAGUGUGCGCGAGUGCAACUGGAAGGAUAAUAAGAAGGUGAAGAAGGUGGGAAGAGGAAGGCCACCGCGCGGGAAGGUGGUGUGGCGAUGAUACGCCAAGUGCAUCCGAUCGAUGCACCCGUGCGAACGCAACACGACGACACUGUCACCGUCGCUGCUGCUGCUGCUGCUGUUGCUGUUGCUGCUGCCGCCGUCGCUCGCCGCCUCGGGCUGCUGCUUCUCCACGGCCGGCUAUGUUAACGGUGGAAUUCCGCUCGAGAGGAAUCUGAAGGCGGGGACUCUGACGUCACUCCGCUCAUGAUAAUGAGAGCGCAGUGAAAUAUGCCAAGGAGACGGAAUGGGGAGAUACCGCUUCCGGAAGGAUGGGACGUCGCCCAGGACUUCGAUGGGAAGGUGUACUUCAUCGAUCACAACACACGGAAAACUACGUGGAUCGAUCCUCGUGAUAGGUUUACUAAACCCCAAACGUUCGCGGAUUGUAUCGGAAACGAGCUUCCCCUCGGCUGGGAGGAGGCCUACGAUAAGCACGUGGGCGCUUACUACAUCAAUCAUGUCAAUCAGACAACGCAAUUGGAAGAUCCAAGGCAGGAAUGGCGGGCAAUACAGGAGGCUAUGCUCCGCGACUAUUUGCAGACCGCACAGGACGUACUCGAGGUAAGCUCACAGAAACAACUGAUCAUAAACAUUCAUCUCUUUGAGCCGAGCGAUCUUUCGCUUAAAAUACCAUUCGUAAAAGCGGAAUUGAUCCGUUAAUCGCUCCUCGUGUCGAUGAACCUCACUUUACCGAGAUUAAAACAGCUAGAGGGGUGGGAGGGAAGGAGGAAAGGGGGGGACUGGUAGAAUUUCAACGAGGGUCGACGAGGGCGGCAGGAAGUCAGUCCGUGAGAAAUCAUGUUACUUCCGGUCAUUCGGCAUACCCUAUGUAUACUACGAGCGCAGCAAUGUAGAUUAACACACGAUUAACUUGUCCCCUUAUAAUAAUGUUAACGUUAUGUUAUAUUGAAAAUUAGGACAGUCACGUGACCUGCAUUUUACACAAUUUGUCACGAUUUAAAAUUAAGAAAAAAUUAAAU